AUGCAACUAGCGUUUCUGGACUUUGAAGCCACGUUCGACUCUCCUUAUCAAGGCCGUCUUCUCACCACGUUCCGUCCCGAUGGAGUAGCAGGAAAAUUCGUUCGCUUGCCUGAUGACAUGAAUCAGCAAACAACUACUGCAAUUCGAGCAGCAGCCGGACGUACAAGGCCGUUUGAGAUGGUAACUGAAUUAAAACAAGGGGCAGUGGCAGGACCCUUCCCGUUCCAUUUUGCCAUCGACGACAUUAUGCGAAGAACAGUCGACCAGUGUCCUGCCGACAUUGUCUUAGCACCAUCUGGGUGCCCCUUGACUGACCUCGAGUACGCCGACGAUGUUGUUAUAUUCGCGGAAAGCAGUACGAAACUUCAACAUGUUGUCAACCUUGUAUCGAAGCUGGCCGCAGCCUAUGGACUACGCCAACACCCUGAUCAAUACAAGCAGAUGUAG